UUGAUCAAAAUAAGGUGAUUUACUGACAUACAUUUUCUGCAAUGAUUUUGUGACCAAAGAAAUAUAAAUUAUAAAAUAAGCAUUAAAAGAUUUGUUCUAGAACGUGUUUUAAAUGAUUCGUGGCUGCUUUUAGGGCUAAUUUUCCUCUAAAUGAUGUUGGACAGAACUAAAAGAUUCACUUAUUUCAUUCUGGACAAAAAAUGAUGGAAAAGGAAUUAUAUUUUUAUUCAAGAUCCUGCAAGAUACGCAGUUUGUGUAUGUAAUAUUCAAGAUAUCUUUGUUAGCAUUAGUAAAUGAUUGACAUCUACUGAAGCCCCUCCCUCUGCUCAGAGUUAAAGGGACAGGGUUCAGUUUUUAAACGGACGUCAGAAGUUGGUUGCAUGUUCACUGUGGGAGAAAAAUGACAGCAGAAGUUUGAUGAACUUCCUGCACGAUUUCAGACACUCUCAAUAUGCAGUGGAGGAAUGUGGGAGCCGUCGUUGGCCAUUGCUCUGUGAAAGGGACUACAGUAGCGUGAGGAGCAGAGUUGGACUGAUCCAGUUGGGGACUCUUGUUUUAGUGGCUUCAGUUUGUGGAUUUUAGCUGCCAUGUCGGAUAAAACGGCGCCACGCUGCCAGCUGAGGCUGGAGUGGAUCCACGGCUACCGUGGACACCAGUGCCGCAACAACCUGUACUACACGGCGGGAAAGGAGGUGGUGUACUUCGUGGCUGGUGUGGGUGUGGUCUACAAUGCCAGAGAACACACCCAGAAGUUCUUCCUGGGACACAACGAUGACAUAAUCAGUCUGGCAAUCCAUCCGGACAAGAUCCAGGUGGCCACGGGUCAGGUGGGUAAAGACCCGUACAUCUGUGUCUGGGACACCUACACCAUGCAGACUGUCUCCAUCCUGAGGGACGUCCACACCCACGGAGUCGCCUGUCUGGCCUUCGACUCGGAUGGCCAGCGACUGGCCUCAGUCGGCCUGGAUGCCAAGAACACGGUGUGUGUUUGGGACUGGAGGAGAGGACGGGUCCUCGCCAUGGCGACCGGACACUCGGACAGAAUCUUUGACAUCUGCUGGGAUCCGUUCCUGCCCAACCGGCUGGUCAGCUGUGGAGUCAAACACAUCAAGUUCUGGACUCUGUGCGGGAACGCUCUGAGUCCGAAGCGAGGAAUCUUUGGGAAGACGGGCGACCUGCAGACCAUCCUGUGUGUCUCUGCAUCCAAGGAGGAGCUGACGUACUCCGGAGCGCUGAAUGGAGAUGUGUACGUGUGGAAGGGGAUCGGCCUGAUCAGGACCAUCCAAGCUGCACACGGGGCGGGGAUCUUCAGCAUGCACGCCUGCGAGGAAGGAUUCGCCACCGGAGGACGAGAUGGCUGCGUCCGGCUGUGGGACGUUGACUUCAAACCCAUCACCAAGAUCGACCUCAGAGAGACGGAGCAGGGCUACAAAGGUUUGUCCAUCCGGAGCGUCUGCUGGAAGGCUGACCGGAUUCUUGCCGGGACUCAGGACAGUGAGAUCUACGAGGUGAUGGUCCGAGACCGAGACAAGCCGGUCCUGCUGAUGCAGGGUCACAGCGAGGGCGAGCUGUGGGCAUUGGACCUCCACCCCAAACAACCUGUUGCUGUUACCGGGAGCGACGACCGCUCUGUCAGGUUAUGGAGUCUCCCUGACCACACCCUCCUGGCGCGCUGUAACAUGGAGGAGUCCGUUCGGAGUGUUUCCUUCAACAACGACGGCUCUCAGCUGGCUCUGGGCAUGAAGGACGGUUCGUUCACCGUGCUGCGGGUCAGGGACAUGACGGAGGUCGUCCACGUCAAGGAUAGAAAGGAGGUGAUCCAUGAGCUGAAGUUUUCUCCAGACGGUUCCUUCCUGGCGGUGGGAUCCAACGACGGGCUAGUGGACAUCUAUGCCGUUGCCCAGCGCUACAAGAAGGUGGGCGAGUGCAGCCGCUCCAGCUCCUUCAUCACCCACCUGGACUGGUCGGUGGACAGCCGCCUGCUGCAGACCAACGACGGCGCCGGCGAGCGGCUGUUCUACAGGAUGCCAGCAGGGAAGCUGAUUACCAAAGAAGAAGUGAAGGGGAUCCACUGGAUGACGUGGACGGGAGUGGUCGGCUCGGAGGUGAACGGAAUCUGGCCUAAAUACUCCAACAUGACCAGUGUGAACUCAGUGGACGCCAACUACAGCAGCGCUAUUUUGGUGACCGGGGACGACCUCGGUCUCAUCAAACUCUUCAGGUUCCCCUGCCUGAAGAAAGGUGCCAAAUUUAAGAAAUACAUCGGCCACUCUGCCCAUGUGACCAACGUUCGUUGGUCCAAUGAUCUGCAGUGGGUCGUCAGCACCGGCGGAGCCGACCACGCCGUCUUCCAGUGGAGGUUCCUCCCUGAAGGAGUCAUGAACGGGGUUCUGGAGCCGCUGCUGCAAGAGGGCUAUGCUGACUCCAACAGCGGCGAAUCGGACUCGGAUGUGUCCGACAUCCCGGAGCUGGACUCGGACAUCGAGCAGGAAGCUCAGACCAACUACGAGCGACAGGUGUACAAGGAAGACCUGCCGCAGCUCAAGAAGAAGCUGAUUGGUUCCCUGAAGCGACAGAAAGCUCCGGAGGAGGGGCUUCGUCUGCAGUUUGUUCACGGCUACCGCGGCUUUGACUGUCGUAACAACCUGUUCUACACCCAGACGGGGGAGGUGGUGUUCCACGUGGCCGCCGUUGCUGUUGUCUACAACCGGCUGCAGCACAGCCAGAGGUUCUACCUCGGCCACGACGACGACAUCCUCAGCCUCGCCGUCCACCCGCUCAAAGACUACGUGGCCUCCGCGCAGGUGGGCAGAGACCCGGCCAUCCACGUCUGGGACAUCCAAACUCUGAAGUGUCUGUCGCUGCUGAAAGGACACCUCAGCAGAGGAGUGUGUGCUCUGGAGUUCACAGUGGACGGUAAGAGUCUGAUCUCCGUGGGAAUAGAUGAGUUUCACUCCAUCGUCAUCUGGGACUGGAAGAAAGGGGAGAGACUGGCCAAGGCCAGGGGUCACAAAGACAAAAUCUUUGUGGUGAAGAGUAACCCUUUCAGGAUGGACAAGCUGGUGACAGUGGGGAUGAAACACAUCAAGUUCUGGCAGCACUCAGGUGGCGGCCUCACCUUCAGACGGGGGAUUUUUGGGAACCUGGGAAAGCAGGAGACGAUGAUGUCGGCGUGCUACGGACGGUCCGAGGAUCUGGUGUUCUCUGGAGCCACGAACGGAGACGUUUACAUCUGGAGAGACACCACUCUCAUCAAGACCAUCAAAGCCCACGAUGGCCCCGUGUUCGCCAUGUGCUCCCUGGACAAGGGAUUUGUGACGGGGGGGAAGGAUGGCAUCGUGGAGCUUUGGGACGACAUGUUUGAGCGCUGUCUGAAGACGUACGCCAUCAAGAGAGCGGCACUGUCUCCGACCUCAAAAGGUCUGCUGUUGGAGGACAACCCGUCCAUCAGAGCCAUCACUCUGGGUCACGGUCAUAUCCUGCUGGGAACCAAGAAUGGAGAAAUCCUGGAGAUCGAUAAGAGUGGUCCAAUGACACUGCUGGUCCAGGGCCACAUGGAGGGGGAGGUGUGGGGAUUGGCGGCUCAUCCUCUACUUCCUGUCUGCGCUACUGUUAGCGAUGACAAAACCCUGAGGAUCUGGGAGCUGUCAGCCAAUCACAGGAUGGUGGCUGUUCGCAAACUCAAGAAAGGCGGCCGGUGCUGUGCCUUCUCUCCAGACGGUAAAGCUCUAGCGGUGGGUCUGAACGACGGCAGCUUCCUGGUGGUGAAUGCCGACACGCUGGAGGACAUGGUGACCUUCCACCACCGCAGAGAGCUCAUCUCAGACAUCCGCUUCUCCCAAGAUUCAGGGAAGUACCUGGCAGUGGCCUCCCAAGACUCCUUUGUGGACAUCUACAACGUCCUGACCAGUAAGAGAGUGGGUAUCUGUAAAGGAGCGGGGAGCUACGUCACCCACAUCGACUGGGACUCCAGAGGUAAGCUGCUGCAGGUGAACACCGGAGCUAAAGAGCAGCUCUUCUUUGAGGCUCCACGAGGACGCAAGCAGAACAUCAGCGUGGCCGAGUUUGAGAAGUUGGACUGGGCGACCUGGACAUCUGUCCUGGGUCCCACCUGUGAGGGAAUAUGGCCGACUCUCAGCUUCGUUAACAGCGCUUCGCUCACCAAAGACCACAAACUGCUCGCCACCGGAGACGACUUCGGCUUCCUCAAACUGUUCACUUUCCCAUCCAGGGGCCAGUUUGCAAAGUUUAAGAAGUACGUUGGCCACAGCACCAACGUGACGAAUGUCCGCUGGUCCAACGACGACUCCAUGUUGCUGUCGGUGGGCGGCGCAGACACUGCAUUGAUGAUCUGGUCCAGAGAGCCACCGGGCCACAAGGAGAGCAAAGCUGUGGACAGCGAGGAGUCAGACGAUGACACAGAAGAGGAUGGAGGGUAUGACAGCGACGUGGCUCGCGAGAAGGCAGUGGACUAUGUCACAAAGAUCUACUCUACCAGCAUCAGGAACAUGUCAGGAACUAAACCACACCUGCAGCCCAAAGAGGUUCCUGUGGAGGACAGGCCUCCAGUGAGCCGGGCUGCACCGCUGCCAGACAAACUGCUCAAGAACAACGUGACCAAGAAGAAGAAGGCGGUGGAGGAGCUGGUGUUGGAGCACGUCUUCGGCUACCGAGGCUUCGACUGUCGCAACAACCUGCAUUAUCUCAACGAUGGCGCCGACAUCAUCUUCCACACCGCUGCUGCAGUGAUCAUCCAGAACCUGUCCGCUGGAACUCAGAGCUUCUACCUGGAGCACACUGAUGACAUCCUCUGUCUGACUGUCAACCAGCAUCCCAAAUACCAGAACAUCAUCGCCACUGGACAAAUUGGUGACAUCACAGACCUGCCAGGUCUGGCCCCAUCCAUCCACAUUUGGGAUGCAAUGAACAAGCAGACCCUCUCCAUCCUGCGGUGUUCCCAUGCCAAAGGCGUUGGAUACGUCAACUUUAGCGCCACAGGGAAGCUGCUGCUGUCCGUGGGAGUGGAGCCUGAACACACCAUCACAGUGUGGAGGUGGCAGGAAGGAACUAAGGUGACCAGUAAAGGCGGCCACGCUGAGCGGAUCUUUGUGGUGGAGUUUAGACCCGACUCCGACACCCAGUUUGUGUCGGUGGGAAUCAAACACAUCAAGUUCUGGACUCUGGUCGGAGGAUCGCUUGUCUACAAGAAAGGUGUGAUCGGCUCGGUGGAGGACGGCCACAUGCAGACCAUGCUGUCUGUCGCCUUCGGGGCUAACAACUUGACGUUCACCGGUGCGAUCAACGGAGACGUGUACGUUUGGAGGGAGCACUUUUUGGUACGAGUGGUGGCCAAAGCACACAGCGGCCCCGUCUUCACCAUGUACACCACGCUGAGGGACGGACUCAUCGUUACUGGGGGGAAGGAACGGCCGACCAAAGAAGGUGGAGCAGUGAAGCUUUGGGAUCAGGAGAUGAAGCGCUGUCGAGCCUUUCAGCUGGAGACCGGUCAGCCGGUGGAGAAUGUCCGGUCUGUCUGCAGAGGGAAGGGUAAAAUUCUGGUGGGAACCAAAGAUGGAGAGAUCAUAGAGGUGGGGGAGAAGAACGCUGCCUCCAACACCAUGAUCAAUGGCCACACUCAGGGAGGGAUCUGGGGACUAACCGCUCACCCUUUUAAAGAUGUCUUCAUCUCUGCCAGUGAUGAUGGAACCAUCCGGAUCUGGGACCUGGCAGACAAGAAACUUCUGAACAAGGUCAGUUUGGGUCAUCCUGCCAAGUGCACUUGCUACAGUCCCAACGGAGAAAUGGUGUCCAUUGGCAUGGAGAAUGGGGAAUUCAUCGUCCUUCUGGUCAACUCGCUCACAGUUUGGGGAAAGAAGAGAGACCGCAGCGUCACCAUCCAGGACAUCCGGUUCAGUCCAGACAACCGGUUCCUGGCGGUGGGUUCGGUCGAAAGUGCUGUUGACUUCUACGACCUUUCCCUUGGGCCGUCGCUCAACAGGAUUGGUUAUUGUAAGGACAUCCCUGGCUUUGUCAUCCAGAUGGACUUCUCUGCUGACAGCAAACACGUCCAGGUGUCCACCAGCACCUACACCCGGCAGGUACACGAGGUCCCUUCUGGGAGGAUUGUCACAGAGCAGUCCCUCAUUGACAGGAUCACCUGGGCAACCUGGACCAGCAUCCUUGGUGACGAAGUUCUCGGCGUUUGGCCCCGUAACGCUGAGAAGGCCGACGUCAACUGUGCGUGCGUGUCUCACGCUGGCCUCAGCCUCGUGACCGGAGACGACUUCGGUCUCAUCAAGCUCUUUGACUUCCCCUGCUCGGAAAAAUUUGCAAAACACAAGCGCUACUUUGGUCACUCUGCUCACGUGACCAACGUUCGCUUCUCCUGCGAUGAUAAAUUCGUCAUCAGUGCCGGCGGCAGCGACUGCAGCCUGUUUGUCUGGAAGUGUCAGUGACCUCCUCCUGAACCUUCUGCUCCACGAGGACCAGGGACGAUGAUCGUGACCGGAGCUGCGAUGAGUUCCUGCUGCUGAUGGGGGAGGUGCCGUCCGUUGCCGUGACUCCUCCCCCACAUCCAGAUGGAAGCGACGGCGUUGUUUGUGUUUGUGUUUGUGGUUAGCUUAGUGCAGAAACCUGCGAGAGCCGUGUAGCGUGAUGGUGUCAGACGUGCCUUCUUCACGAACUCUGACCAAACCUUGACACAACUUCAUUUAAACCGUGGUGCUACCAUCGUGAGGGCUGCGACACACCUGGAUGCCGGUGUGGUGUUCGUGUGUGAUGAAGACGACGCAAAAACCAGAUUAAGACGGAUCCAGUUUGAUCCCAGAACCGCAUCUGUAGAAAAAAAAAGAUCUCUACCUCCAAACACAAUAAACUUAGAUGUGUUAAGGUAGGAUGUAAACGUGUUCAGGUAGAACGUAGAUGUUUGUUAAAAGCAGCGUUCCUGCUCGUGUAGGUGAGUGUUUGAGCCUCUGUGUGGAGUCUGAUUCCUCCAAUUGGGAUGAGUCUGUCAUCUCCUCUGUUUACUGUUUUUAAAUGUCCAUCAGCUGUUCGCCUGGCUCGGGCUUGUAACCUGGAGGCCUCCCCUCCAGGAUGUGGAAGCUCCUCCUCCAUCAGGGCGAGGAGGAAACAUUCAGCUCCUGCAACCACUGAAGGGCGCAGCUGGAGACGUCAAACUCCGGCUGCAACCUUCUGACUUGUUUAUUAUCAAUAAAGGAGACGAGCA